AUGCCAAAAAGGGGUUGCCAAGAUGUGAAAAGAUAUGAUGAACAACCCAACUCACCCAAAAAGAUUAUGAAGCCUGAAAAAGAAAAUGAAGGACCCACUCAAUGUCUGCAGGCAUCCAAUGAGAAUGAAGAUGUGAGUACUCGUUGCUCUGUUUGUGACUUCUCAGCAAAAUGCCCUAGAUCACUGAAGAUUCACUAUUCAAGGAAACAUAAAAAAAGCACAGAUAAAGCUGCAAAACCUGCUGAGGACAAGCAAACUAAUUCCGAUGAUAGCCCAGGUGACGUUCAUAAAGAGACGGACAUGGAGACUGAAAGUUCUGCUGAGUCAAAUCCAGGGCCAGGACCUGAUGGUGUGGGAUCUGUUCCCUCCCAUGAAGAUUGCAAUAAAGUUGUAAUACCAGACACGCAGGCAAAACAAGACCAAUCUGUAUCCAAUCAAGAGAGAAGAGUGAGCAAAAGAACACCAAAACCCAAGAUUAUCUAUUCAUGCAACUAUUGUGGACUUGAAUUUCGGGACAAAUCUCCUCUUGACGUUCAUGUCAACCGUUACCACAGCAAAGACAGCCCGCGCACACUUGAUGCUGAAGAGGACAUGGAGGAAGAAGACAAUGCUGAGGACACUGCAAGUCCUUUCAAGAUAACCCCUGAGCAAGUGGACCCAAAAGAUACAGGAAACAGAUUUAAAAUAAAGUGUGCAAACUGCGAUUUAAGGGUUUCCACACUUUCCUUCUUGGAGAGUCAUGCUCGCACGAAGCAUCCAGGCCUGGAUGGGUUCCGCUGUAAAUUAUGUAACUUCUUUUCUGCUACAUCUGAAUGGAUGGACAGACACCUCAUCUCAGAUAUUCACAAGCAACAUCAGAGCACGCAGGAUAGUGAUUCGCAUUCCUCCGCUGAUUGCGUUGAAAAGGUAUCCAAAGGAGAUUGGGGUACAGAUGACAUCGAUGGUGUAGCUCAGGGAAUUCAAGAGGAACUGGAGGCUGCUAAAGUGGUGGUGGAUGAGGAAGACUUGGAAUUUGAGCCUCCAAAACCUAAACGAGGGAGACCAAAACAAGUGUCUUCGACCAAAUGCGGUUAUUGUGGCUUGGUCGUGUCUAAUGCUACCAACCUCAGCGUCCAUGUCCGGCGCAAACACAGCAAAGAGUAUGUUUACAAGUGUACUCUGUGCUGCUAUAGCUGUGUGACCAAAGGAGACAUUGAUCGCCAUUGUAUCACUAAAAAACACAGGAAACGUGUGCAGCAGAGUGAAAAUAGCAGCCUUGCUCAAAUUCAUGUCGAGCCUUCACCACAGGAACUUACAGAUACACAAUCCCCGGAAUCAAAUAAAGCUUCGGAGAGCAGAGAUGCGCAACAGGAAUCACAAGGCUCCAAAAAACACAGUGAAGAAGAGUUGUACACGUGUCCAGUCGAAGGAGAAGACGACUCUGUCGCUUGCAGUCACUGCAAUUUUAUAGCCUGCUCAGUCUCCUCCCUCAAUCUUCACGUGAAACGAAAGCACACGAGAGACUUUGAGUACGUGUGUUUGGCAUGCAGAUACUAUGCUGUAACAAGCGAGGAAAUGUCUCGCCAUGCCAGUACAGAGAGACAUAAGCAGCGAAGCAAGACAUUCCUGGAACUACAAGAGCGUGGUGGCCAAAAAUCAUUGCCGACCCCCGAAGAAGGGAACGAGAUUAUCGAUCACAGCAGUGCGACGGUUCAUCCUCAAUCUGAACCUUUAAUGCUCCCAGACAAUCCAAAACUAAAUUCAGUAGAAAGCCCAAAAGAAACAAAACAGGCAUCUUCCGUACUUGUCGAUCACGUUGAUGGUGUGGUCGAGUUAGCUGGCAAAGCAAAGGAAAAGGAACCAGAGAGCAUGGAAUCGUCAUGUGGUGAUGAUUGUUCAGGAGGGAAAACGGCACAGUCUGAAGAUAUGGUCCAAGCAGAAAUUGAAGUUGAAGUGGAAAGAUCUCCACCGCAAGAAAUUCAAGAAGAAGAUGACAAAGAAGGUACCAACCUAGAAACAAGCAGUGCUUCACUUCCAAAGAUGUCCGCCUCCCGACCUUUUGAUACCUGCAUUAUGUCCAUAAAGGCCCUCGAUGAACAGGGGCAGCCAUUGCUGGAGGGCGUUGCUCUCGAAGGCGCGGACGCUGUUAAAGGCUUGACAGGAGAAGCACCAGUGCCCUCUGGGCUCUUGCCCCAUUAUGUCAAAAAGCUUCAGCACAAGCAAGCGAUCGUUGAAGCCAAAGUGAGAAGCACCCGGAUUCGCUGCGACGACUGCGGCUUUUUGGCGGAUGGUCUCAGCGGCCUCAAUGUGCAUAUCUCCAUGAAGCACCCAACUAAGGAUAAACAUUUUCACUGCAUGGUGUGUGGCAAGUCAUUCUACACUGAGAGCAACCUGCAUCAACACCUGGCCAGCGCUUCCCACAUCCGAAAUGAGCAAAACAGCGUGGAUGAAGGUCUCGACGGCAGAGCGUGCUUCAAGUGUGUCAAAUGCACAGAUCGCUUUGAAACGGAACAAGAGCUGUUCAUUCACAUCAAGGAAAAACAUGAUGAGUUGCUGAGACAAGUAAAUAAGUAUGUGAUCGAGGACACAGAACAGAUCAAUCGUGAGCGGGAGGAGCACCAAGGCAACAAGUGCAAGUACUGUGGCAAGGUGUGCAAGAGCAGCAAUUCCAUGGCCUUCCUGGCACACAUUCGCACACAUACUGGAUCAAAGCCCUUUCUUUGUAAAAUCUGCCAUUUUGCAACAGCUCAAUUGGGAGAUGCCAGAAACCAUGUGAAAAGGCAUCUUGGCAUGAGGGAGUACAGAUGCGACAUCUGUGGAUGGGCCUUUGUGAUGAAGAAACACCUCAGCACCCACCUACUUGGCAAACAUGGAAUCGGCCAACGUAAAGAGAGGAAGUUCGAGUGCAAGUUGUGUGAGCGCUCCUUCAGUGAAAAAUGGGCACUAAACAACCACCUGAAACUGCACAGUGGGGAGAAACCUUAUAAGUGUUCCUGGCCGUCCUGCCACUACGCCUUCCUCAACCUGUCAGCAAUGAAAGACCAUUACCGCACACACACUGGUGAAAAGACUUUCCUAUGUGACCUGUGCGGUUUUGCUGGAGGCACACGACACGCUCUCACCAAACACAGACGGCAGCACACAGGAGAGAGACCCUUCAAAUGUAAACUUUGCAGCUUCGCUUCUACCACGCAGUCCCACCUGUCAAGACACAGUCGGGUUCACACUGGGGAGAAACCAUACCGUUGCCCCUGGUGCGAAUACAGAUCCAACUGUGCUGAAAACAUUCGAAAGCACAUCCUCCAUACGGGAAAACAUGAGGGGGUGAAGAUGUACAACUGUCCAAAAUGUGACCACGGCACCAACUCUCCGACAGAGUUCCGCAACCACCUGAAGGAAAGCCACCCCGAUAUUGAGAAUCCAGACCUUGCUUACCUCCAUGCAGGUAUCGUGUCCAAAGCUUUUGAGUGCCGUCUUAAAGGCCAGGGAGCAUCUUUUGUGGAGACGGAGAUUGUAGAGUCUUCUGUAGAGAGGAAGCUCAGUGAUGAAGGAGCUGUCCAGCAGGUCAUCAUCAUCCAAGGCUACGGCGAUGGAGAGGUGGGCGUCGAGCAAACCCUGGAGGAGUCUGCUGCCGCCACCCUGCAGACUCUGGCUAUGGCAGGCCAGGUGACAGAGGUGCUCCACAUCACAGAAGAUGGAGAAGUGAUCACGUCAGGCAGUGAGGUGACGUCCUCAGGGGCCCAGCUUGCCAGAGGGAGCGCCCAAUAUGUGGUGCUGUCAGCAGGGGAGGCUGCGAAUGAGCUGCAGGACGCAGCUCAAAAAGCAGACGAAGCCUAUGCAGCUGCAGGAAAAGGUCACGUCCUGUCCGAGUCGUCCACUGCUCUGGAUGCCCUGCUCAGCGUUGUGAGCGAGAUGGGCCAACAGGAGAAAAUGCAGGAAGAAGCAUCAGCCGUUCACGAGGCCAUGUCGUCGGACACGGCCGAGCCGGCGCUAGGUGAAGCGCAGCCUGUGAUCAAGCAGGAGGAGGAGGUGCACAUCAUUAACCAGACGGGCCAGGAAGAGAUGCAGAAUCUGCUGCAGCUAGCAGCCUCGAGGAUGAUAAAAGAAGGUCUCACCCAGGUCAUUGUCAACGAUGAGGGCACCCACUACAUCGUUACGGAGCUGGACAACUGCACCCUACAGGUGGAGGGAGGUGUGUAUGAAGAGGCUGCAGCAGGCGAAACCGAAGAGCAGCAGGUCGAGGGCCGUCACGAUGACGCCCCGUAAUUGGAGAAGCACCAUUUUGUCUUGGCCAGCAAUUGAAAUUUAGUUUUUCAUCACCACCCCUCAACCUAUCAUUGACUAUACAACAAAGGAAUGAUGAUUUUUUUUGUAUAAUUGGGUGAAUUUAAAUGUUUUGCCACAACCCAUACAAAUCUUAAUGUCAUGCCACAUUUCUGAAAAUUGCUUUUGCAUUUAUUAUCACAUAUUGUAUUUGGUCAUCAGUGGGGUGUCCAUAUGUAAUCUGCUUGUUAGUGUUGCAGUGUAUUGUUGUUUCCCUCCAUUAUCCUUUUGUAUAACAUAACGUCAAGCCUUUGUCUUUUUUUUUCUCUUCUCCUUUUUAUACUUAUUAGCAUACAAUUAGCGACGAACCACUGUUUUGCAUAGUUAAAACCUUAUUGUUGGUUUAUGCAUUGCUGAGGCUCUAUGCUGGCUACAUUAUGUAGAUGGUUGGAAGGCCGCUGCUUAUUUGUGAGCUCUCUGUGUUCUAAAUUCAUUUUAAUUUCUAACAAUAAACAUUCGAGCCACUUUGAACAA